AUGCGGGACUUUGUUCAAAGAGUAGUGGAGACACUCGGUGUGGAUGAGAACAAAGAUCGCGUGGCUGUGGUCCAGUACAGUAGAGAUCCAGCCGCCCAAUUCUAUCUGAACACAUACACAACAAAAGGAGAGAUUCUCAACACUGUAAGAGGUCUGAGACACAAAGGUGGGAGACCUCUCAACACUGGAGCAGCUCUCCAGUAUGUGAGAGACAAUGUCUUGACUGCCUCCUCCGGAAGUCGACGCACUGAAGGUGUUCCACAGUUACUGAUUCUGCUGAGUGGUGGAAGGUCCUUUGACAAUGUUGACACUCCAGCUUCUGCUCUGAAGGAGCUUGGGGUCUUGAUCUUUGGAAUUGGAACAAGGAGCUCUGAUAGCAGAGAAUUGCAGAGGAUAUCACAUGAUCCCAGUUACGCUCUGUCUGUCUCUGACUUCACUGACCUUCCAAACAUCCAGCAGCAACUUCUGUCCUCGGUGGAGUCAGUUGUUAUUGACGUUACGCCAGAAUCGACAACAGAUUUAGACUGGGGCAGCCCUCCAAUACGUAAGGGACAACGUCCUUACUGCCUCCUCUGGAAGCAGAAGCCAAGAGGGCGUCCCUCAGAUGCUGAUACUGCUGAGUGGGGAAGGUCCAGUGAUAAUGUUGACAUACCAGCUUCUGCCCUGAAAGACAGUGGGGUCUUGAUCUUUGGCAUUGGAACCAGAAAUUCCAGCAGAGAGGUUCAAGGGAUUGCCACUGAUCCUAGUUUUUCCCAGUCUGUUUCUGAAUUCACUGACCUCCCCAGCAUCCAGGAGCAGUUUUUCUCCACACUCAUAACUGUACAAGUUGAGGCCACACCCAAAACCCCAACAGUCAUAGUGGACCAAAGCAUUGCCAGAAAGGAUGUAGUAUUCCUGCUGGAUGGUUCUGAUGGCACUAGGAAUGGCUUUCCAGCAAUGCGUGACUUUGUUCAAAGAGUGGUAGAGAAACUCACUGUGGAGGAGAACAGAGAUCGAGUCUCUGUGGUCCAGUAUAGCAAAGAAUCAGAGGCCCACUUCUAUUUGAACACUUACACAACAAAGGAAGACGUUGUGGACACCGUAAGAGGCCUGAGGCACAAAGGAGGGAGACCCCUCAACACUGGGGCAGCUCUCCAGUAUGUCAGGGACAAUGUCUUUAUUGCCUCCUCCGGAAGUAGGCGCCUUGAAGGUGUUCCACAGAUUCUGAUACUGCUGAAUGGUGGAAGGUCCUUUGACAAUGUAGAUACACCAGCGUCUGCUCUCAAGGAGCUUGGUGUCUUGGUGUUUGGAAUUGGAACAAGGAGCUCUGAUAGCAGAGAAUUACAAAAAAUAUCCUAUGACCCCAGUUAUGCUCUUUCCGUGUCUGAAUUUACUGACCUCCCCAACGUCCAACAGCAGCUUCUUUCUGCUAUGGGCACUGUCAUUGUACAGGUCACAACCAUGACACCAACAGUAAAACCAACAAUCCUAGUUGAGAGUCAGGCUCCCAGGAGGGAUGUCGUGUUCUUGCUGGAUGGAUCUGAUGGCACGAGGAGUGGAUUCCCAGCAAUGCGGGACUUUGUUCAAAGAGUAGUGGAGACACUCGGUGUGGAUGAGAACAAAGAUCGCGUGGCUGUGGUCCAGUACAGUAGAGAUCCAGCCGCCCAAUUCUAUCUGAACACAUACACAACAAAAGGAGAGAUUCUCAACACUGUAAGAGGUCUGAGACACAAAGGUGGGAGACCUCUCAACACUGGAGCAGCUCUCCAGUAUGUGAGAGACAAUGUCUUGACUGCCUCCUCCGGAAGUCGACGCACUGAAGGUGUUCCACAGUUACUGAUUCUGCUGAGUGGUGGAAGGUCCUUUGACAAUGUUGACACUCCAGCUUCUGCUCUGAAGGAGCUUGGGGUCUUGAUCUUUGGAAUUGGAACAAGGAGCUCUGAUAGCAGAGAAUUGCAGAGGAUAUCACAUGAUCCCAGUUACGCUCUGUCUGUCUCUGACUUCACUGACCUUCCAAACAUCCAGCAGCAACUUCUGUCCUCGGUGGAGUCAGUUGUUAUUGACGUUACGCCAGAAUCGACAACAGAUUUAGUUGAUCAUGACACCUCCAGAAAGGAUGUGGUAUUCCUUGUGGAUGGUUCUGAUGGCACAAGGAAUGGAUUCCCAGCAAUGCGUGAUUUUGUUCAGCGAGUAGUGGGGAAACUCAAUGUGGGAGGAGACAAAGACCGCGUUUCUGUUGUCCAGUACGGUAGAGAUCAAGAAGUUCAUUUCUAUCUGAACACAUACACCACAAAGGAGGACAUUCUUAACACUGUGAGAAGUCUGAGGCACAGAGGAGGUAGACCCCUUAACACUGGGGCAGCCCUCCAAUACGUAAGGGACAACGUCCUUACUGCCUCCUCUGGAAGCAGAAGCCAAGAGGGCGUCCCUCAGAUGCUGAUACUGCUGAGGGGAAGGUCCAGUGAUAAUGUUGACAUACCAGCUUCUGCCCUGAAAGACAGUGGGGUCUUGAUCUUUGGCAUUGGAACCAGAAAUUCCAGCAGAGAGGUUCAAGGGAUUGCCACUGAUCCUAGUUUUUCCCAGUCUGUUUCUGAAUUCACUGACCUCCCCAGCAUCCAGGAGCAGUUUUUCUCCACACUCAUAACUGUACAAGUUGAGGCCACACCCAAAACCCCAACAGUCAUAGUGGACCAAAGCAUUGCCAGAAAGGAUGUAGUAUUCCUGCUGGAUGGUUCUGAUGGCACUAGGAAUGGCUUUCCAGCAAUGCGUGACUUUGUUCAAAGAGUGGUAGAGAAACUCACUGUGGAGGAGAACAGAGAUCGAGUCUCUGUGGUCCAGUAUAGCAAAGAAUCAGAGGCCCACUUCUAUUUGAACACUUACACAACAAAGGAAGACGUUGUGGACACCGUAAGAGGCCUGAGGCACAAAGGAGGGAGACCCCUCAACACUGGGGCAGCUCUCCAGUAUGUCAGGGACAAUGUCUUUAUUGCCUCCUCCGGAAGUAGGCGCCUUGAAGGUGUUCCACAGAUUCUGAUACUGCUGAAUGGUGGAAGGUCCUUUGACAAUGUAGAUACACCAGCGUCUGCUCUCAAGGAGCUUGGUGUCUUGGUGUUUGGAAUUGGAACAAGGAGCUCUGAUAGCAGAGAAUUACAAAAAUAUCCUAUGACCCCAGUUAUGCUCUUUCCGUGUCUGAAUUUACUGACCUCCCCAACGUCCAACAGCAGCUUCUUUCUGCUAUGGGCACUGUCAUUGUACAGGUCACAACCAUGACACCAACAGUAAAACCAACAAUCCUAGUUGAGAGUCAGGCUCCCAGGAGGGAUGUCGUGUUCUUGCUGGAUGGAUCUGAUGGCACGAGGAGG